ACAGGAAAAAACAAAUCCACAUCUCAAAGCGACGCAAGUGUUUCAAGCGUAAACCACAGGGGUCUUUUAACUGGUGCAGGUGCAACUUAAGUAGAUGCAAGCCAUUCUUCUGAGUUUCUGUAGAGCUUCUAAAAGAUGAGUGACUCACUGGAGAGGACUACAGACUGUCCUCUACCUCUUCUUAAAGAUGACUGCAGCCCAGACGAGGACAGAAACAACAGAAACAGCUUGACAGGCUCAAGUGAGUUGCGUUGGGAGGAUGGAGGUCUUCCUGUGGAGCUACAGAGAGGGAUGGAGACCCUACGAGUGAACAGAGAGCUAACCGAUGUGGUCCUGUGUGUUCAGGGACAUGACUUCCCUUGCCAUAGAGCCGUACUCGCUGCUGCCAGUCAGUACUUCAGGGCCAUGUUUUGCAGUGGUCUGAAGGAGAGUUACGAGAAGUGCGUGGAGAUAAAGGGGGUGGACAGUGGAACCAUGCAUUCUCUCCUGGAAUAUACCUACACCAGCCGAGCCCUCUUCACACACUCUAAUGUCCAGCGAAUACUCGAGGCUGCCAGUCAAUUUCAGUUCCUGCGUGUCGUGGAUGCAUGUGCCAGCUUCCUGAGCAAGUCUCUGCACCUUGAGAGUUGUGUUGGGAUCCUGAAUCUUGCUGAAAGCCAUGCCUUGCCGGCCUUGAAGACCGGGGCCCAGGACUACAUCGUUGCUCAGUUCUCCCAAGUAGUCCAGCAGCAGGACUUCCUGGAGCUUCCGACAGAGUCUCUGGAGGCUGUCCUGCAGAGGGACGACCUUGAUGUGAAGUGUGAGGAGAGUGUUUUUGAAGCACUCAUGCUCUGGGUGAGAGCCUGCCAGGAUGAACGCUCUCCUUCACUGGCCAGGUUGCUUUCACAUGUGCGACUGCCACUGUUGGAGCCUGCAUACUUUGUAGAAAAGGUGGAGUCAGAUGAAAUGAUUCGCUGUUGCAGUGAAGCUUUUCCUUUGCUGCAAGAGGCUCGCAUCUAUCAUCUCUCUGGCAGAGAGGUGGUCUCUGAACGAACCAAGCCCCGUGUGCACCACUUUCUGUCAGAGGUGUUCCUGAUCAUUGGAGGCUGCACUAAAGACGAACGCUUCAUUUCCACUGUCACCUGUUUGGACCCUCUCAGACGCAGCAGACUUGAGGUUGCCAGGAUGCCAAUCACAGAGAUGGAGGAUGAAUCCCAAAACAGGAAAUGGGUGGAGUUUGCGUGCAUCACCUUUCGAAAUGAGGUGUACAUAUCUGGAGGUAAAGAGACACAGCAUGAUGUCUGGAAAUAUAAUGGCGCCCUGGACAAGUGGAUCCAGAUUGAACCUCUGAUAACUGGGCGCUGGAGACACAAGAUGGCAGUUCAUGGUGGCAAUGUGUACGCACUGGGAGGAUUUGAUGGAGCUCAGAGACUUGAUAGUGUAGAGGCCUACGAUCCCUUUCACAAUCGCUGGUCACAGGUGACCCCGCUUGCAGAAGGUGUGAGCUCCUUCGCUGCUGCAAGCUUUGACAGAUGGAUCUAUGUGAUCGGUGGCGGGCCCAAUGGAAAGUUGGCAACUGAUAAGGUUCAGUGCUGGGAACCUGGGACAGACUGCUGGGAACUGCGAGCGCCCAUUCCCAUUGAAACCAAAUGCACUAAUGCUGUCACAUUCAAGAACUGCAUCUAUAUAGUCGGUGGUGCAAUGCAUGCCAUGUACUGCUACUCACCUUUGUCAGACUCCUGGUCCCUCGUGACCCGUCUAGGGGAGAGGGCGAGCUGCGCCAUUGCUGCCUGCAACAACAAACUCUUCAUCACUGGAGGAAGGGAUAAUAAAAACCAAGUCAUCUCCACGGUGAUGUGCUGGGAUGUCAGCCGAGGGGUGUUGACAGAGGAGUGUGUUCUACCUAUGGGAGUGUCACAUCACGGCAGUGUAACGCUCAUGAAGUCCUACACACACAUACACAGAAUAACGCCUACUUCAGAGUGCCAGUGACGCAGGCUGCUGUGAACAGGACGUUAUUUUUGCUGAGAAAGGAAAUCAUAUAACUGAAGAUACCUUUUUCCCACUCACUAUAUUAAUUUGAUGUCAGUUUAUGUCAGCUUGAAAUGCUGGGAGUCACUAUAUUUAUUGUUUAACAGUAUAAUCUAACAUUACAGCAGCAAUUGUUCAAACUUGAUUGACUGAUAAAUAGCUUAAUGUGCAACAGUUAUAAUGGACUUGUAAGUGAAAGACUUUUAAUACUAAGAAAUACAGUGUUUUAUGGCUUUACAGUUAACACGGUGCAAAAAACAUGUUAAGCAAUGAAUGUUGCUGUCAGAAUGGAGCUAUAUUUGGAUGGAUCAAAUAGAUGCUUAUUAUCAACAGAAAUUAUGCACAUUAACAUGAGGUGUAGCUGUCAUUUAGGAAUCAUACUAACACCUGGUGUUUUUUCAUUCACAUAAGCAAACUCAUGUAAACACUGCAAUCUGGUGGUCACUAUAAAUGUUUGUAUUGCCCCGAGUUUUGUCUAAUUCUAAGUAAUUAACUCUUAAUUAAAUGAAUAAAUAUCUUAAUCAAAAUCA